AUGGCAAUGGAAGUGCACGAGUACUGUAAUGUCUAUGCAUUGAAUCCCGAGUUCGAUGAAAUCAAUGGAAUGUGGCUAAAUACAACUUUCUGCUCGGAUACUGCUCAACAAAGCGCACAAAGUGCUCUCGUCUAUCCAAGCGAUCCAACGCUCACAGCAGCUACGACCCAGCAUCCAGCCUCGGGCCCUUCUGUCUACCAAUCGCUGGCCCUCGCCUCGACUCCAUCCUCGAGCACUCGAUCGAAUGAAUCCCUUGCCUACUCCUCCCAUUCCACUCACCACCCCCUUCCCACUCCACCCGAGCCCCUCCUUUUCUUUCCCUCUCAAUUGUGCUCAACGCAAUCUUCAAUUCAAUCGUUCGAAUGCAAUCUUGCCGGUCCGCAUUUUCUCUCGGACAAGAUGGGUCUUCUACCAUCACAUCUUCCGAAUUCCUAUUUGACCCAAUGUGCUCCUUGUACUUCUCUACAGUCUUGUUUUCCAAGCGGAACACUAGAGCAAUUAAAUCCAUUGAAUGAAGCCUAUUCUAAUCAAUUCCCUGUCUCAAUUCCAGUUCCAAGUAUUUACGAGUCUUGUUCACCGACUUCUUCUGAUUCUUCAGCUGUACAAUCGGAUUCAAGUGCUGUCAAAGCUGUGAGAGCAAGGAAGAGAACAAUUGGUCGAAAUCAACUUGGACGUGCUUUCUCUCCCGGGAUCCCAUUGAGUCUCUCUGAGCGGCAAUUCAUCGUCCGUUUAUAUCAAGAGGGCUGGCGAAUAUGCGACAUUUCGAGAAGAUUGGCUGUUACGCAUUCUUGUGUCUCGAAAAUCUUGCAAAGAUAUCGAAAAACGGGAAGUGUAAAGCCAAAAGAUGCAAAAGAAGGAAGACCAGAGGGACCAUUAGUCACAGCGAUUCGCGACUAUUAUAAAAGAUUGGGAAUCUACAGCCAGACAGAGAUCCGAGCGCAAUUGCUGCGCGACGGACUUUGCACGAGGGACACACUCCCGUCGAGAUCCUCCAUCAAUCACAUUCUCCGCACCAAAUUUGACAUUCGAAAGCGUCGCGGAAAUCAAGAGAAA